AAAAAUUUCUUAUAGUAUUGAAGACAUGGAAUCAUCUUCUGCUUUCUUCACUAUCCUUUUGCUUCUUCUGUUUGCAACCAUUACAGCUGCAAGACCAAAUCCUGGAGAAAAUUGGCAAGGUACCAUGAAAGAUAAGCUCAUGCCUGAAGCAAUUGUCGUCGAGGGUUCAAAGUCGUCUCUCUCAAACAAAGAAACGGACUGUCACACAUCGACAGAUGUAAGAACCAACGAUCAUUAUGUUAGGAACGUCAAGGAUAUAAAAAAAGAAAAUGGCUUUGCUGAGGACAUUGAACCAAGGCCAAAUCUCUCUGGAUACCAUGAUGAUGCUAAAGAGAAUGGCAUUGCUGAGGACAUUGAACCAAGGCCAAAUUUCUCUGGAUACCAUGAUGAUGCUAAAGAGAAUGGCAUUGCUGAGGACUUUGAACCAAGGCCUAAUAUCUCAGUUUAUCAUGAUGAUGCUGGUUUACAAGCGAAUAUACCAUUUAUCAAAGAUUUCGAACCAAGGGACAGUGCUAGUGCUUAUAAGGAUUAAGAUCAAAUUCAAGUCUAAUGCAUUAAUAUGUAUAAUUUGAAGCUUUGUAAGAAGUAUCUGGUCCAUGUUUGUGUAAUAGGUGGUAUUAAAUGUUUGUGAUAAUAUGUACUUAAAUAACGAGUGUGCGAAAAUAAAAAUUUGCGAAUUUUUCUUAUUUUCGACCUUCAACUUGUUGAUAUAAAAACC